AUGAGCGGUGAUGAUGGCGGUGUAGAUUCAAAAUAUGAAAAGGAAGGAGAAGAUUUGGAGGUGACAUUGCUGACAGAACCGAGUUCUGAUGAAAAAAAAUGUGUUUAUGGUGGGUUCAGUGAUGAAGCUUAUGAAGAAUUGGUGCUAUAUCAUCGUAGCAAAGAAAUCCCUAAACGCCUUGAGGGUCAUCUGAAGCAUCGUAUUGAUUGUUUCAAGCGGAAGGCUAAACGUUUUCAGCUAAUUGAAGGAACAGAUCAGCUAAUUUAUAUUGGAUUUAAACCUGAUCAAACAACUGUGGGACAGUUCGUCGUUAAGAAAAAUGAUGUGGAAAAAAUCCUCACUCAGGCUCACUUAGAAUCAAAUCAUGGUGGCUUAAAUGCAACGCGUAAAAUGGUCUCAACCAAAUUCUAUUGGAAUUCAAUCACUAAUGAUGUGGAGCAAUUCAUUAAGCAAUGCCCUCGUUGUCGCAUUACACGUAUGAGAUAUGUUGCAUCCAAUAAUGUUCCAUGGCGGAAAGGUGCACGAUACGGAGACAUAUAUUCAGCUAGUUGGGAUGGCAGUGAUGACGAUUAUACACUUUGUGAUCGUACUCAAAAUCGAAUCUGGAAAGUCAGUUCAGAGUGGAACGGAGAUUACAUGUCAAACAUUUCGGAAGCUGACUUCAUUGUUCCUCCUCCUUGGAAGCGCGAUAGAUCGUCAAGCAACGCUGUGCUGGUGGAUGAAUUAUUAAGCGCAGAUAUUGAUAUCGAAAAUGAUGACGAACUUGGUAGCGCUAAAUCAUAUGAAAAAAUUGAUCCACAAAUGUUGUUACCGCAUUACUUCCGUGUGAAACCAACUCACCAAAUACAAAACAGGUCGCGUUCUGCAGAUUGGUAUGAAAAGGAACAAGGACUGGAGUAUCGCGAAUCUUAUGGUAACGGUGGAGAGACAUAUUUAGAGGAUGAUUUCAUUGUUGGGGAAAAUGUUGAAAGCAUUCCAUCCACUGGUGAUGGGAAAAUAAUUUCAGAUGUCUUAGAUGUUGGCAUGAAUAGGUAUGCUGCAUUAUCUCAUUUCUUGGUGGCAAAAUUUUUGCCUGUGUUGACGAAAGAUACUCUCUGCAAAAAUAAAGUAGUAGACAGUGGAACAGUAAAGAGACGUCAUGUUGAAGACGGUCGUGAGUGUAUUAUUGAAACAGACAGGAAAUAUUUCAUGGUUGAAGCAGAUCAGCUUCUUCAGCUUUUUAAAAGUUACAGAUGUUCGGGAUGUGGUGAAAAGUUGAAGCAAGUGACUUUAUAUGCUGAUUCACCCGUACCAACUGUCACUUACAGAUGUAGUAAGUGUGAGCAAGCUGUCUGGUUUGGACAAAAAAUUGAAUAG